CCCGACACGCCCCGCGCGGGGGCCUGCGCCGCUUCUCCGCCGUUGCCGCCGCCGCCUCUGUUGCUGGGGUGGGAGAGAGGAGGGGCCGAGGACCCUGGACCGCCCGUCCCGGUGGCUGUGUUUGUACCUGAGCGGCCUCCUUUCUCCGUCGUGCGCUGACGGCCGCGGUGUCGAGGGGCAGUCCCUGGGAACACCUCGGCACGCAGCGGACAUGCCUCUCUUUGCCACAAAUCCCUUCGACCAGGAUGUUGAGAAAGCAACUAGUGAGAUGAAUACUGCUGAGGACUGGGGCCUCAUCUUGGAUAUUUGUGAUAAGGUUGGCCAAUCUCGCACUGGACCUAAAGACUGUCUUCGUUCUGUUAUGAGAAGAGUGAACCAUAAAGACCCCCAUGUUGCUAUGCAAGCUCUAACUCUUCUAGGAGCAUGUGUAUCAAACUGUGGCAAAAUUUUUCACUUAGAAGUAUGUUCAAGAGAUUUUGCUAGUGAAGUAAGCAACGUAUUAAAUAAGGGUCAUCCUAAAGUAUGUGAAAAAUUAAAGGCUCUCAUGGUUGAAUGGACAGAUGAAUUUAAGAAUGAUCCACAGCUUAGUCUGAUAUCGGCAAUGAUUAAGAACCUUAAGGAACAAGGUGUUACAUUCCCAGCUAUUGGCUCUCAGGCUGCUGAACAAGCGAAAGCAAGCCCAGCCCUGGUAGCCAAAGACCCUGGCACUGUGGCUAACAAAAAGGAAGAAGAAGAUUUAGCAAAAGCAAUUGAGUUGUCUCUCAAAGAGCAAAGACAGCAGUCAGCUACCCUUUCCUCUUUGUAUCCAAGCACAUCUAAUCUCUUAACUAACCACCAACAUGAAGGUAGAAAAGUUCGUGCUAUAUAUGACUUUGAAGCUGCUGAGGAUAACGAACUUACUUUUAAAGCUGGAGAACUUAUUACAGUUCUUGAUGACAGUGAUCCCAACUGGUGGAAAGGUGAAACCCAUCAAGGCAUAGGGCUUUUCCCUUCUAAUUUUGUGACUGCAGAUCUCACUGCUGAACCAGAAAUGAUCAAAACAGAGAAGAAGACGGUACAAUUCAGUGAUGAUGUUCAGGUAGAGACAAUAGAGCCAGAACCAGAACCGGCCUUUAUCGAUGAGGAUAAAAUGGACCAGUUGUUACAGAUGUUGCAAAGUACAGAUCCCAGUGAUAACCAGCCAGACUUACCAGAGCUACUUCAUCUGGAAGCGAUGUGUCACCAGAUGGGACCUCUCAUUGAUGAAAAACUGGAAGAUAUUGAUAGAAAACAUUCAGAACUCUCAGAACUAAAUGUGAAGGUGAUGGAAGCUCUCUCAUUGUAUACGAAAUUAAUGAAUGAAGAUCCAAUGUAUUCUAUGUAUGCAAAAUUACAGAAUCAGCAGUAUUAUAUGCAGCCAUCUGGUGUUUCUGGUUCCCAGGUAUAUCCAGGACCUGCUCAAAGUGGUACCUACCUGGUUACAGGGAGUGCACAGAUGAGCCAUCUCCAGAGCUACAGUCUGCCCCCAGAGCAACUCUCUUCCAUCAGCCAGGGAGCAGUUCCACCUUCUGCAAACUCUGCUCUUCCUAGUCAGCAAACCCAGGCUUCUUACCCAAAUGCAAUGGUUAGUUCUGUUCAAGGAAACUCGUAUCCCAGUCAGGCUUCAAUAUACAGUCCUGCUGCUGCUGCUGCUGCUGCUGCUGUACCUGUACCUAUUCCUGCUGCUGUACCUGUGCCUGCUGAUGUCACCAUAUACCAGAACGCAGGACCUAAUAUAUCCCAGGUGCCAAACUAUACUUUAACAUCAUCAGCCCUGCCUCAAGGAGGAGGAAGCCAACAGCCACCUCAGCCACAGCAAGCAUAUUCUCAGAAGGCUCUGCUAUAGGACUUGAUGUUCCUCUUGGUGGCAUGUUUUCUGCUGAAUGCCAUUGACAAUGUUAGGAGAUUCAUUAACAUCCUAAGAUUUGUUUUUCCUCCACUCAUAGGAAUCUGUCUUGGUCAACAAGUUCAAGUACUCAAGAAGUUAGAACUAUCUUCAAUUUGCACUGACUUUUUAGAGGUCCGUCCCUCCCCCAGAGGAAUGAAACUACUUACAACAUUUAUUUCCUUUCAUAAUAUGAAGAAUCGUUACAAGAUUAUUGUCUUGUAAAAUUACCUGGUCUGCAACACUCAAAAGUUCAAAAACUGCUGUGGCAAAUGUUAUGUACAUAUAUUGACAUGUAACUUCAUUAGUGACCAUUUGAAUUACAAUGGUGAUCAUGUGAAUAUAUUUAACACUGUGUUAAAUUAAUUUACAUUGCUGUUUUAUUUUAAUCAUGAACAACUACCAUGUUUGCUAAUGUUUUGUGUAAAUUUAAGUACACUAUCUCUUUAAGCUGCAAGAGAAUCAAGUUGUAGCACAUUGACCCGAAGGCAUUGUUGUCCUGUUGUAGUGUCACAUUAAAUUGAACCUUUCUUUACUAAUUGUGAGCAAAACCUAUGUAUGUUAUGUCUUUCUGUAGCUGCUGCCCACUACUGGCUGUCUUCACACCAGCAUACAGUAGCCACAUUUUUGGUGCAGUUAGAGGAGAUUAAUGUUCCCUUUAAACUUUUGUAUUUUGGCAUGAUGUUCCAGGUAUUGUGGACCAUGAGACAAAAAUUAGUCUUUAUAUAUUAUUUUUCAAGAAGUAAUAUUGAUUUUACUUUUCCCUAGUUGAAUGUGGUGAUUAGCGGUAUUCUGGUUUUUUGGUAGCAGUGACACCAAAGAUAGAAGCAAUGCAUAGAAAGUUUUCAACUGGGAAGAAAGUGAACUAACACUACGUUUUCAGAGUCUCUUGUAAUUUUUAAGAUCAAAACAAAAUUUGAUUCACUUGUCUUACCCCGCUAGUUUUUUAAGAUAUGUCUUUGACACAUUGUAUCUUUCAAUUCUCAUUAAAAUGGCUAUAAGUAGGUGUUUGAAAGUAAUUUAUAUUCCUGACUUUUUUUUAAUAGUUUAUAUAUUUAUUAUUAAGUUUCAAACUGGAGUUUUAAGUUUUUCCCUCUGUCUGUGUCUCAUUUGUAGUUCUAUUGACAUUGUUUUUGCUUCUUAUUUAGGAGUAAUUUUAAUGAAUUAUUUUAAUCCAUACAAAAAGGUUUUCCACUGAUAUUUUAGUCAUAAAUAUUUAUAAUUUCCCUCGUUGUGCUAUACCAGUACUUAAAUAAUCUAAAAUUUUGGUACCAUAUUUAACUAAUAGAACUAAAUUUUCCUCUUGUGAAUGCAAAUUACAUUUUCAUUUCCAAGACUUGUCUAUUUUCUUUUUGACAAAUGACUUCCAUCUUUGGCAGAUAAUCUUAAGAGUGAUUAAUUCACAGGUUCAUAUUUAAAGCUCUUUUCCACCCUUAAUUUUACUUGAGUUUAAAGUAUGUCAUCAUCAAAUAGUAAAGUUUUUAAUUUACGUGUCACAUUUUAGAUAUUUUUAAAUAAAACCUUACUAGCAGUUAGACUAUAAUCUUUUGUUUAAUUUAAAUAUGGUUUAAGUGAUAUACUUUCCUCUAAGUCAUAUUGUAUUUUCAUUUUAAUAAGUUCCUAUUUACAAUUAUAUUCCCACUUUAAUUUUUGAUAUCUUUGUGUGAAAACAUCAACAAAAUAUUUUUUAGUAUGCUUCUAUAAGUUCAUUAGUGGCAAAAUGAAAAAAGUUACCACUUUUGUAGUGCGUAUAUAUUUUUUAUCAUGUAGUAGAGUGUAUAAAGAGUUGAAUGAGUGAUUGACUUUGUCUAAGUGACUUUACUUGGCUAAGCAUGCAAAUACUUGGUAGAAAAGUUCCAGUGAAAAUGGAGCACUGGCCUUUCGCCUUCAAGUGGCACGACAAGGGUAGAUGGGCUAAUUGGGAUCACAGAUAGUUUUGUUUUAAAUCCCAUGCAAGUUGCAUUUCGAGAUAAUCUUUGCUGUGUGUGAUAAAUUAUACACUAAGUCUAGCACUCAGAGGUAGAUAGAGACAGGUAGAUCGCUCUGUGAGUUUGAGGCCAGCCUAGUUGAAAAAGUGAGUUCCAUGCCACCCAGGCUACAUGAUGAGACCUUGUCUGAAAAACCAACAACAACAACAAUAACAACAAAAUUUUCAUUGACAGCUGUUUGUAGUGGUCUAUUUCAUCAAAAUAUGGAUAGCUGUCAAUGAAAAAUUUUAAAUCAAAGUAUCUGUAGAGUAAAUGUCUAUGAAGAAACUUUUUGGUUUGGGAAGUGUUUCUAUGAAAGUGACAGCUAAAUGAGCAAAGUGCAGUCCUGUGCUGUGCUGCAGGCCCUGUGCUGUGCUGUGCUGCAGACUCUGUGCUGUGCUGCAGGCCCUGUGCUGUGCUGUGCUGUGCUGUGCUGCAGGCCCUGUGCUGUGCUGUGCUGUGCUGUGCUGUGCUGUGCUGUGCUGUGCUGCUGCAGGCCCUGUGCUGUGCUGUGCUGUGCUGCAGGCCCUGUGCUGUGCUGUGCUGCUGCAGGCCCUGUCCUGUGCUGCUGCAGGCCCUGUCCUGUGCUGCUGCAGGCCCUGUGUGCAGCAGUGGAUGUGAUCAUGUCAGUGUGCCUUUGCCGUGCACUGAUAAUUUUAUAGACAUUCCUGACCCUUUAUCUUCUGUCACUGUUACCUGUCACCCCCUACUUGGGGAUGAACAUUUUUCUAAUAUGUGCCCAGAGAUGCCCUUAUUAAUUACUUCUGAAAUAUUUUUUCUUUCCUCUUUGCUUUAAUUACUUGCUCAAUAAAUCAGCAUCAUUCAUUUCUAAUAUAGAGGACUUACAUGUGUGACAUCUGCCUCAUUAAAUUUGAAAAUAUCCUUUGUCCAGUGCUUAAGUUUGUGUUAGAUUAAUGCCCUACAUAGUAAACUGUGCAACUCUAAUAAAUUGUAGGAAUUUUUUCCUAAUAUGAGGUUUAUUGGUAUAAUUGGUCAACUUUUCACCCAAAAUACAUUAAAACCAGUUUUAUUUUUCUUGCCUGUUA